AUGCUGCGUAUUCCUUGCCGAAACAGACUAUCUUUGGACAAGUGCUCUCCGGUGUUCCUCUCAUUGUUUGUCUCUCUUUCUGUCUCUCUAUCUCUGUCUCUGUCUGUUUGUCUCUCUCUCUCUCUCUCUCAAUCCAUUUUUGUUUCUCUCAGACAAAAAUAUACACACGCACAGAUUCAUAAAUCUUCGUCCUUCCCUUUCUCCCCCACCCUCUCUCUUUGUCUUUCUUUGCCUGUUUCUAUCUUUCUAUAUCUCCCCUCGUCACUAUCUCUCUCUCUCUCUCUCUCUCUCUCUCUCGCCCCCUCUGUCAAUAUCUGUCUCUCUCAAAUAAACCGCAAAAUCUCUCUCUCAAUAUAUCUCCCUAUUUGUCUUUCUUUUUUCCCUCUCCAUCUCUGUUUCCAUGUCUCUGUCACUCUCUCCGUCUGUAUCUCUCUCCCUUUGUAUCUCACUCCUUGUUUGUUUGUCUGUCUAUCCCUUUCUCUCUCUUUGUCUUUCUUUUCUCCAUCUAUUUCUCUCUCUUUCCAUCUGUCGCUCUGUCUCUCUCUCUCUCUCUCUCUCUCUCUCUUCUGUCUGUCUCUCUCUCUCUCUGUCUAUCACCCCUUUUUGUCUUUUUUCUCCAUCUCUUUCUCUCUCUUUUUAUCUGUCAUUCCGUCUCUCUCUUCUGUCUCUCUCUCCUUGUCUAACUCUCUUUUCUCCAUCUCUUUGUCACUCUCUUUUCAUUUCUCUACCUGUCACUCUCUUCUUCUCUCUCUCUCUCUCUCUCUCUCUGUAUCGCGCUACUUGUCUGUCUCUAUGUCUUUCUCAGCAUCUCUGUCUCUCUGUUUUUUCCUAUCACACCCUUAUAUCCACACAACACAAACACACAUGUUUAUCGGUGAGUGUUUUUGCUCCGGGAUUUUCUCUGAUAGAGGCGUGCAUAAAGUGCUUUUUUCGUAA